AUGCCCGAGACCCAGGUCGCGGAACCUCAGCGCCAACUCCAAAUAGUGGUUGCGUCGACGAUUUGCAAGGCCCGCAACAUCUUUGGUAUUGUCGGCGCGCUCGGGAAGGAGAUAUAUGGCCUACUGCAGUGCAGCCUGGGCGAGAAGAAGGGAACGGACGAGAUCGAUGCUGACGAGAACUACUUCCAGUAUCUCCAGGGUGUCGAGCACUUCGUUUUGAGCGUUACUAGGCUGGCCCUGGCGAUUGUUUGGUGA